GUCUCUAUAGUAGUAAUCGUAGUAUGCUCGACAAUAAUAGAUGUAUGCCUUUCGAACAUGGUUGAGUGGUCUCAGUACCAACAUCAGGACAACGAAAAACGCACAUACAAAUUUGGGUACGAAAUCGAAGACCCGAAAACAAAUAAUGUUCAAUUUAGAAACGAACAGCGCCAUGAAAACGGAAGCGUUACAGGAAGCUACGGACAUUUACAACCCGAUGGUAACAUACAGGUCGUCCAUUAUGUCGCUGAUGGGAAAGGCUACAGGGCGAGGAUAGAGAAUAGCGGCGAUAAAAGACAGAAUUUAUCUCCAGAAAUGGAGUCUGCUUUACGAACAAGGGAGGUGUACAAAAAACAGACCAUCUUCGAGCAGAGGUUAAGACCGUACGAUCAGGAGAAGGAGAAACUUAUAAGUGCCAAAAAGAAAACGCUUUGAUAG